AACGCGGCGGCGAGGACCGGGCCUUAGCAACCGGCCUGGUUACAGUCUCCCGCCCGCUGGUCUUCACCAAACCUCAACCACCGGGGCUGGGCCCAGCCUGGGGAAGACCGAAGGGACCCGGCUUGUCCCGCGGCGGCUGCAAGAGGACGCACAUGGACGGCAGCCGGAGAGGCCCGAGAGGAGGAGCAGUUCCCCCAAAGGAAAGCUGAGGUACUAUUUGCAGAUGAAGAAGCAUUGAACUGUAGGCAAGAGUAAAGUUGGACACUUGUUUCCUCUGGAGAAUCAGAGCAACCCCUGUCCUUCCCAGAUAUGGUCCACCAAGCCUAUUUAAAGGACACUUGAGUACCAAAAGUAAUGCUUUUUGCACUGACUCCUCUUCUGUCAGAUUAAGCACUCUCCAGCUGGUCAAGAAUCACAUGGCUGUUCACUAUAAUAAAAUCCUUUCAGCCAAAGCUGCGGUAGACUGCUCAAUUCCAGUAAGCAUGACUGCAAGCAUCAAAUAUGCAGACCAACAACGAAGAGAGAAACUCAAAAAAGAUUUAACAAGAUGUGAAAAAGAAUUCAAAUUAACUAAAAAUGCGAUGCAGGCCAAUUCUAAAAAUAAUUCCAAGUCAUUCCUUAAUACCAUACGAAAGCCUUCAGGGGAGCCACAAAAAGAUGUGUUUAUAGAAAAAGUGAAUGGAUUUUCGUCGCUGGCAAAGUCACUAGUAUCUUCUACAGAGGGACUACACCUGAGUCUACCUAAGUCUGACAAUGUCCUCGCAAGUGGCAGUGAGAAGAACUGCAGCUCCACCCUGUCCUGCACGGACUACGCAGCCUCCGGGCCCCGCAAGUCCUGUUCUGGACCCUUGCACGGCAGAAGGCCCAGGAGCUCAUUUGCAAACUCCCACCGGUUUCAGUUAGUCAUUUCAAAAGCACCUAGUGGGGAUCUUUUGGAUAAACAUUCUGAACUCUUUUCUAACAAGCAAUUACCAUUCACUCCACGUACUUUAAAAACAGAAGCAAAAUCUUUCCUGUCGCAGUAUCGAUACUAUAUGCCUGCCAGACGAAGAAAGGAUUUUACAGAUCAACAGGUAGAAGCUGAAACCCAGACUGAGUUUAGCAGCUUUCAUUCUGGUUUUGAGACAGCUAAGACUAAGAACUUGACAAAUUCAGAAGGAAACAAAGAGCAGGCAUCUAGUUGUUUGACAUGUGAUACCACACGGGAAAAAAGUCCUUUGCCUCUAAAAGGGCCUGGCAGAACGUGGGAUGUGAUGAAAGGUGAUGCUGUUCAGCGUUCCUCACCCAGUGAGGAAGAAUUGUUGUAUCUGAGUUUCAUUGAAGAUGUGACGGAUGAAAUUUUGAAACUUGGUUUAUUUUCAAACAGGUUUUUAGAACGACUGUUUGAACAACAUAUAACACAAAAUAAACAUCACCUAGAGGAGGAAAAAAUGCGUCAGCUGCUGCGUGGCCUGAAGGUAGACUUGGGCUGCACAUCCAAGGAAGACGCAGUAAAGCUAAAUGAUGUUAGUAUGUUGAAUCUACUUGAUUCUGAAAAGGCUCUGAGUUCUACACAAAAUGGAUUUAAAAAUGAAAAUGAAGCCGCAGUAGAACAGGAACGCCAUGAAUACCAGAAGGCUUUGAACAUGUUAUUGUCUGCACCAAAGGAGGAGAUUGCUGAGGUGUUCUCACCAGCUGAAUUUUUUAUGCCCAUCUACAAAUCAAAGUAUUCACCAGGGGUUAUUAUUCAGCAAGUGACUAAAGACACGAAUCUUGAACCUUCAGCCUGUGAUGACAACAAUGCAAGUGUUUCAGACGGUUCAACAGACCAGGAAACCUCUGUGAAUGUCAUUGAGGAUGAUAGUGACACUGAAAAGCUUGAAACUUUAGAAGACUUCAGUUGUCUUAACACAUCAUUCUCCGAAUCGGGUCAGUUCUGCAGUGUCAGAGGUGACAAUAAUCAUGACGAGGAAUUACCAACGUUUAAAAUCAUGGAAAUGAGCGUUGAGGACUGCCCUGCAGAUGUUUGAUUGUCAGUAAUAAAUAUCUCAGAUGGCCAGUAACCCAAUACUACUUUCCUUCUGCUUUUUCAUAUAUUGCUGUUUUAAGGUUCUACAGUGCAUAAGCCAUAAACUUAACAGGUUAAAACAUGCAUUUAUUAUUUACUACACAGUUUCUUUGAAUUAGGACGCUUUACUCUGCACCUCACAAGGCUACAGUCAAGGUAACAAUCAGGGCUGUGGUCUCAUCUAGAGGUUUGACUGGGUGAGAGUCUGCUUUUCCCAAAUGCUUCAGAUUGUUGGGAGAAUUCAGCCUGCAGCUAUAGAUGUGAGGACUUUACUUUCUUGCUGAGCAGUGGCUAGAGGAUACCCACCGUUCUCUGUCACUUGGCCCUCUGAGGCUGCUCACACCAUGACUGCUUCUCCAAGGCCACCAGGAGAAUCAGAAACAUUGCUGGUAAGAUAGUCUUAUAUAACAAUGUAAUUACGGGAGGGACUUGCGGUCAUUUUUGCCAUGUGUGGUUAGUAGCAAGUCAUGGGUCUCACCCAUGCUUAAGGGGUGGGCAUGUUACACAAAGGUGUGCUUAUCAGAAUCAUGAGGGUAACCUAAGGAUCUUUUAGCCACAAGUUCUAAAGUUGCCUUUUAAGAGAAUGUAUUUUAUCUAUAAGUGGUUUUACAAGCAAUGGUGCUUUGUCUGCAGUAUCAUUUCUUUUUACUCACUUUCCUGCGGUCUCUAAAGCUGUAAGGACCCUUCUGGUUCCCAGUGAGCUAGGGCAGUAUGUCAAGUACCUGAAGUAUUGCCUCUUGUGAAUACAAACAUUCUGUCAGACCUGUCCGACAUAUCUCCCCUUACCCUUGUAGUUCACGAAUGGGAUGCUAUUAAGAAAUGUCUCAGAAGAGUCACCUCUAAUUAUGUCUUUUAUACAAUUGAAUACCUGAGGGCCUGUUACAUACAAAGCUUCAUGCCUAGCCACUAUCAAGGAUAAGAUGAAACAAAAUAAUGAUAACCUAAGAAUUCUAGAAAUUUAGCAAUGGCCUCUAUAUAGCUUUUUCUUUAAUAUCCUGCUCUUUUAUCAUCCUUAGCCCACACUAGUGUUUUUCAAAGAGUGGUAACACUACUGGAGAUGAGAGUUGAUUUUUUAAUGGUACAGAAAUAUGGGUGGGGAGCUUACCAUAACCACUGAGGUCAGCAUUCAGACUCGGGCACAACCUGUGAAGUGCACCACAUGGGCUGAGCACCGAACCACUUCUCCCCUGUGUCAUGUGCCCCAUCUCACCCUUUAGCUGCCCUUGCCCCACCUGGCCCUCGGGUCUCCCUCUGAUCCUCUUCCCCUUAACUUUCUAAGCAGCAUCUCUUGCCAUCCUGCAGUCCUCUUGAAUACCCUUAGGAUAUCCUCAGCCUAGGUCUCCCCAUCCCUCUGCAGUAACCCUUCUGUUCGCUGCUCGGACCCCACCUUUCUUAGCCCCAGGGCUCCUUUCUUCAGUCCCACUAUCCUGGCUCCAAGUCUCCUUCCUUAGCAGGAGCUGCCAUCUUUCUUAAAAGUAUUCUCAGUAACUAUUUCUUGCUUUUGUUCUCCACCAUUUGGUUCAAGCCCCAGACCUACUUCUCCCUGCCCUACUUUGUUGUAUCCAGUCUUCUCUGUGCCCUCAGUCUCUGUACAGCUUUAUUUCUUCCUGACCCAUUCCAACUUUUAUGCCUGUAAGAACAUUUUGUUAUUGAUUUGAAAAAUAUUAAAAAUGGUUCUUGGCUAUAACAAGGUGGGAUGUGAAAAAAUCUGGGAAACAAUGCCUUAGAUUCUUCAAGCAGCAUCUUUUUUUCUUUGUUUUCAUCUUACUUAAAAGGCAGACAGAGAGCUCCCAUCUACUGGUUCACUCCCCAAACACCUGCAUCAGCCAAGGCUGAGCCAGCCCAAAGCCAAGAACCCAGAAAUCAGUCUGAGUCUCCUUCCUAGGUGG